AUGGGUGUUAUCACGGAGUCGGAUCUUGAUCCUGAAACGGUCCUAUAUCCAGCAACAUCUCACCCCGGCUUAAUUCUCCACGCCAUCGCCGCCCCCGACGUGCCAACAGCGGAGCGUCUGGCUGCACGCUUCCACUUUGCAAAGGCAUACGGCUCCCGCACCGCGUUGCUCGAUGAUCCCUGUAUUGCCGCUGUGUUCGUCUCUGCUCCUAUCGGGCUACGUUUCUCCGUUGUGGAGCUGGCUCUGAGGAAGGGAAAACAUGUUCUCUGCGAGAGUCCCCUCGCCGCGAAUGCGAACGAGGUGAAGAUCUUGGUAGACUUGGCGAAAGCGAUGGGACUUGCGUUGUUAGAGGGUGUCGAUUGGCAGUUCCAUCCGGCGGCGCAUGCAUGGCGCAAACUGGUCGAUGCGCGCGAAUCUGGACGCAUUCUUCGCUCCGAGGCUGUUAUGACAUCGACCCCGAAAAUCCCCUUGGAGGAUAGUCGAUGGAAAUUCCAUUUAGGAGGCGGCUCAACUUUAGCCCUAAUCCCAGCCCUAGCAUGCACGCGGUUCUCUUUACACGCAACAACGCUCGCAACCGUACUCUCCGUAACGGCGCGACUAGCCCAGAAAGACCCACGCAUCGACGCAGCAGUGCACGCGCACCUGGUCUUCGAAAAUGCCCACAAUCACUCCGUGCACAGUCGGAUAUAUACAGACAUGGCGCGGCCAUGGGCGCGAGGAUUCGUGCCGCGCGUGUGGGAGCUGCCCUCUAUUGAGGUGGAGACGGAGAUGACGGUGUUAUUUUUCUAUAACUUCACGCAGCCGCAUCUGUAUCACUAUAUCAGCGUCACGAAUAAGACAACGGGGGAAACGAGCUAUUAUAAGCAGUAUGACGGGGGUCCGUUGUGGGGUAAAGUGACCGUUUCCACAGGCGAGAAGGGCGGACAGAGCGGGUGGAGUACGUAUCGAUGGCAGUUGGAGGCGUUCGUGGAUGCCGUGUUGGGGAAAACGCCUGCUUAUUGGAUUGCUGCGCAGGAGAGUGUGUGGAAUAUGGAGGACGUGGAUGCUAUCUACAGAGCGGCGGGUUUGCCGAUGCGGGAGUCGAGUACUGAUGGAGAAGGGAAAAAAGACUGA